AUGGCUGAAACGAGAGAAACAAACACAAACGUACAGCAAACGGACUUGUCACCUUCAACAAAGAAACAGGUUUUUCUUUCAGAGGAUGCCAGCGAAAAUAGGCCUAGAGCAACAGAAUCAGACUACGCUAAAUUAGUUGACGCGGUUCGAGAAAUAGUACCUUGCCCACUUGACAGCAAUGUCGAUACUGUCAUUUACCAAUUACACACUACUUGGAGGAGACAAGAAGCUACUCGAAUAGUCAUGAAGAGGAAGCUCGAUAAGAUCAAAGAGAAGCUUACGUCCAAAGGGAAUUGUGCACAUCAUUGUGGUCUUGUCAAUGAGAAUGCAGCCCUUCGAAAGCAAUAUGGCGAGAUAAACAAAAGAUUCGAACAACUUUUACAAGACUAUAGACGAGUUUUAAAGGAAAAUAGUACCAAUAAUCAGGUAGUACGUGAAGGAGAAGGGGAAAAGGAUACCGACUCAGCUAAUAAUAUAACCGAUGUGAACAAACCAUGUGGAGAGACAGUGGCAAGUUUAAAAGUCAUCACCAAGGUUGACAACCAUGAUACUCACAUAGGAAAUCACAACACUGCUAUCAAAUCAGAGAGAAAUUCAGAUGAGCCUAAUUGUAGAAUAAGAGAAGAGCUAGCAUGUCUUCAUUUUGAGAACGAUAACAACAAGAUCAUGGUGGAUCGUCUGCGCCAUAUGCUUUCAUCAUUUCACAAGAAUAUAAUUAUCAGCAGUGGUACACUGCAAGUGUCUCCUAUUUCGAAGACUGACCAAGCUGUUCUUGCCACUUUCGCGAAGAUUCCAGUUAAGCGUCUUGAUCCCAAAAUGCUUCAACUCUGGAAGAACAAAUCCAAUGAUACAGGGGAGGAAAUCUUGAUAGGCAAGGGUGCUUUCGGGAAGGUGAAUCUCAUGCGCUAUAUCCCAACAAACAUGCCAGUUGCUGUCAAGAUCCAAGAAAAGAAAAAUCGUGGUAUAAGUGAAGAAGAGAUGAAGAACAAACUCAUCUCUAGAUCAAUGAAGGAGGCAGUCAUGCAACAUGUGAUGUCGGAUAACCCUUCAUUCCCUGGAUUGCUUGGUAUUGUUGAGAUCGAUGAUAAUCUUGGCGUGGUGUUAGAAUUCAUUGGGGACAAACGAUUUGCCAUCAUCCAUCCAUUGUGUGAUGUUCUUUUUGAAAAACGUCCUGGAUUAAGUCGACUGGAAUGGAUAGACAUCGCACUCGAUAUCAUCCAGGGUCUAGCUUCCCUCCACGACAAGGGACUCCUCCAUAAUGACCUCAAGAAAAAUAAUAUCCUCAUGCAACGAAGAGGUGAGCGAUGGCGAGCAUACAUUAUUGAUUUUGGACAUGGCAGUACAAUCACAAUGCCUUUGAAAUUCCCAACAUUCACGCUUGAAGAAGAACGGGAAUAUCUAGAAGGACUCCUCUAUCAUCAUCUCGCUCCAGAAAUUAUAAGAGAUCAGGAGCCUACCUCGGUAUACACGGAUAUAUAUUCUUUAGGAAAGGUCCUUCUUGAUAUUGGCAGAGUUUCUGGUGAUCGGGAUCUUAGGCAUGUUGCGGAGAUGUGUACCAGGGAAAAACCUUAUCGAAGGCCUGCAAUGUCAAAUGUCGAACUUUCUGUAAUACGUGCAAAAGAAAAAUCACAGAAAUGAGCGUUCUUUAUUCCAUGACUUAUCUCUGAAAUUAAGGU